AUGAGUUAUUCGAACACAUUUCAAGACUAUCUGAGAGAUAUUCCAAUGGAAAUAGGUCGGAGAUUUUAUCCACCACCAUUGAUCAACUUACCUACACUGACAAUACCUGAACCGCUAAAGAGUGUGCAGUAUGCAUUUGAAGCGGAGAAACGAGCUCGUGAACAGUUUGACGAAGCGAACAACAAACCCGAGCAGAAACCUGAAAUCUCACGAAAGAAUCCCAUUAAUGGAGUUACCUCUUCAGACUCGCAGGCGUCAUCAACGGCUUCUAUAACGAACGAAGUUCUACUGCCAUGUGCGGCUCCUCCAGCAACGCCCGCACCUGCACGACCGCCUGCUCCGUUCCAGAAUUCGGUUAGCUUCGAAGAAUUCGAAGGGCGAGGGACAGUUUUCGACGAACUUGAAUGGAGGACUAUAGACGAUAAGCUAGCGCUGAGUCAGAUUCUUGGUAAUGUGUCUUUGCAACAUUCCAAGUCUGUCGAAAACCCGUCGACGAAUCCAGUAGUUGACAAGAAACCUGAUGGGCUGGCAAAUGGCAGCAAAGCAGUGCCGAUUCCAGCCAUCCCUCCUUAUCCUGUUUUGGACUUCGGGAGAUUCCAUAGUCGAGGGCUCAAAUCAGUUAUAUUGAACACUUAA